AUGGAGAGCGUGCCCACGAGGCCUGCCCUGCUGCCGUCGCCGACAACCGUGCCACUGGCUGCGGCACGAGAGCCGUCGAGCAAGGCGAUCGCCAUCCUCGCCUACCCGCCGCAAGAGCCCUCUCCCGAAGCCGCUAUGGGGGAGAGGGUGGCGGGAGAAGGAAAUGACUGCCCUUUAACUGGUGGCGCUGAGGAAAAGGGUGAUUCGAGGUCGGGGUACAUAGUAAUCGCAAUUGUGCUCCUCCUGCUUCUCAUCGGAUUGGUCUAUUUUCUUGGAUUCUUUGGAAGUUCAGAUGGGGAGACGACCGGCGGGGUGGCCGAAGGCAGCAGUGGCGGCGGUGGCGGCGGUGGCGUCGAUUUUGGCCCCCCCGCGCCACCCGCACUACCUCCGACCACGAAAGCAGCGUCAACAGGCACUGCAAAUGGCCCGGGCGUCGCCAGCCCUGCAUCACCAAAACCAGGCACAACGACACCAUCUUCAGCAAUGCCAGCAUCACCAAAACCAUCAUCAACAACGCUACCCCCAUCUCUUCCACCACCACCACCUCCUCCUCCUCCCCCAUCUCCGCCACCCUCAUCUCCACCCCCACCUCCGCCACCCCCACCUCCGCCGCCCCCUCCUCCUCCAACUACCACACUUCCUCCGGUAAAACCGCCCAUGUUGUCUUGCACGGUGGGGCACCAAGCCGUGAUCCUGGAUUUGCUGCCCCCCGAUGGAACAUGCGACAACAUAUUCUACACGGAAGUCUUCUUCAACGACAAGAACAACAAGAUAGAGCCAUUAACUAGUGACACCGCCUUCAAGUCUCAUGACAUUGACUCGGACCGGAAAAGCGUCGACCAGGCCCCUAAGACAGCAGCUCGGACACAAGAGGAGGCUCGUGCAACCAAGCGCAAGCAGCACCUGCGUACCGAGGAGCGGCAGCCUAGCAAGCCGUUGCUUAAUUAG